UGCGGGAUAUAUGCGGUGGUGUGCGCGGGACUCAGGCCGUAUGCGGAGCGGGGAUCUGGAACGUGGCUGAUGGUGUAGCAAGGGUCGAUCUAGGGACGCCCAGCAUGACUAAUCACAUCUAGAGAGUGUGGGGCGGUACCUUGCUCUGAGUCCCUGUGGAUAGUUGGAGGCAGCACUCCCUCGGACUUAAGACGUAGACAGAUCUUGUUAGACAUGACCCCAAUUUCCUCUUCUCUAAGAUGAAGGUGGUAACAUCUGCUUUGAAGUAUUGUGAGAAAUGAGGUCAUCUUUGUAGAGUAACUAGCAGUUUGCUUGGCAUCCAGCAGGUGUUCAGCAGAAUUCAUAGUUUUCUUCGUCUCUUCUUUUCUAACUUCUCUCCCUCAAUCUUAUUGCCUAGAUUUGGGCAGGGCACAUAGACUGACAGUCUUAGUAUGGGCUGGGGCUGCUUUCUGAAACUUCCUGGGCUUCUGUGGUCCCUUUUGAAUCACACUUUGGUCUGCUUUGUUUCACCCUUGCAUUCCAGGGCCUUGCUGGAAAUGGACAGCCGGAUCCCUUAUGAUGACUACCCGGUGGUUUUCCUGCCUGCCUAUGAGAAUCCCCCAGCAUGGAUCCCUCCUCAUGAGAGGGUAUACCACCCAGACUACAACAAUGAGUUGACCCAGUUUCUGCCUCGAGUCAUCACACUAAAGAAGCCGCCUGGAGCUCAGUUGGGAUUUAACAUCCGAGGAGGAAAGGCCUCUCAGCUAGGCAUCUUCAUCUCCAAGGUGAUUCCUGACUCUGAUGCACAUAGAGCAGGACUUCAGGAAGGGGACCAAGUCCUAGCUGUGAAUAAGGUGGAUUUCCAAGAUAUUGAGCACAGCAAGGCUGUUGAGAUCCUGAAGACAGCCCGCGAAAUCAGCAUGCGCGUCCGCUUCUUCCCCUACAAUUAUCAUCGCCAAAAAGAGAGAACUGUACACUAGAGAACCUUCCAUGUAGAAUCUGCCUAGACAAGCUGGCUUAGCCCCAGGGAAGCUAUUUGGGAAGCUCUGCUCUCAGCCCCUUCCUAGCAUAAUGGAGUGGGAGGGUGAGAAGACAGUGAGGCCCUGCACUAACCCAGCUAGCCAACUGCAUUACCCAGACUGUACUAUUAGUUACCUAGUUUUCUAGGGGAGCUUCACUCCCUGAAAGGAGAAGGAUUAUGUUUUGAUAUAACCUAGCAUGUGGGGAGCCCUGCUAAAAAAGACAAUUAACGUUUAUUGAAUACCAUGUGCUAAAUGCUUUAUAUAUAUAUGUCAUAUGAUUUUGAUUAAAAUAUAGAAAUCAGUAGAAAAAAGAAUCCUGGGGGUCUUCCAUCUAAUCUGAUUGGCCAUUCCAUCCUCAUACUGUCAGAGGUCUCAUACACUUCAGAGACUCCAGUGAUACCCUGUUUUUCCUCCCUUCUUAUCCUCUCCCAAAAGAAGGAAGAUCAAUGCUGAGGAAAAUAUUGGUGUGACUUUUGAAUGUUACUGAUUGGGUGUAGAAUGCUACCAGGGCAAGAAAACACUCUUCCAAACAGAGGAACCACUGGAAGGAACAGAGUGAUCUUAUACCUGCUUCACAACUAUAUGUCUAGCCAGAACAUUAGGGAGACCCAGGAUCCUUGUUGAAUGGCAUAGGGUGAGGGGUACUGGAGGAAAUAUUGUCCCUUACCCCAUGUGGGAAACAGUAUUAAUAUAAUUCUGUCUUCUCCUUUCCCAGAUUCUUUGAUCUGGAGCAUAAACUAAGGGAGGGGCUUAGAUGCAUUUCUUUUCAGAGGCAGCGGUAAGAAAUUGGUUCCCAGUUUCUGACUUGCAGGUUGAAUAUUACUUCUUGACUUCUGACUUGCAGGUUGAAUAUUACUUCUUGACUGCUGACUUGCCCCUUUUCUUCCCCUCAUCCCCAAAUAACCUGCUGUGUCCUUAGAUCUUUAGUUCCCAAUUACUGUUAGAGGUUCCAGGCUACAUCUUAUGCAAUCCCCAUUGGCAUAUUCAAAAUACCCAUUCAGAAUUGAAAGUUUUCUAGUGAGGUAUGGGGUAAAGUACCCCCAUAAUGAAGCUCCCAAAUUUAGGACUGAAUAUUUGUCUUCUGCCAUCUAGGCCUCUGUUUGUUUUCCAAACUUGCCCUGUAAAAAUCCUAGGAAGCUUAAAUAUAUAUUUCCGGGCCCUUCCCCUGGAGAGUGAUUCUGUUAGUGUGAGGUGGGGCUUGGAAAUCACUAUUUUUAAAUAAGCACCCAAGGUGAGUCUUCAAAUAUGGGAAACAGUUCUAAAUAGUAGUAAUAUAUCUCUAUGAGGAAGAUCUGGCUCUUCCUAUAAAGCCGACCCCAGUGCUACUAAGGUACUUCUAGAGCUUAGUGCCAUUUUUAGAUAGCAACAGCCCUUAUGAGCAUAACUGGAGCUAGAACUAAUUUAGCUGUCUGUGCUUCCUGGGAAAUUCCUUCCCAUUCUGUGCUCCUAUUUGCUCUGCUGCCCCCCAAUGGCCAUCUGAGAAAGAAAAACAGGGGCUUAGACACUUCCACAAAGGCACAUUGGCUGAAUCUACUGAAUAUUGAGGUCUGAGGCUCUCCCUGUGGCUAACAAGUUUUAAAACCACUCAUCUAAGAAGUGCAGUAAACAUGGUAAAUAAAUCCCAACCUGGUGUCAUGGACCGAAGAGGCAAAAACCCUCCUGCCCUAAAUUGGUCUGCUGUUGGGGACAAUUCUGUGUUGAGUCACUAUCAUGAUACAAUUGUAUCAUGGAGGUACAGGUAUAGCAUGGAAAAAGUGCAAGCAAUAAGAGACUGAGAUGAAAGAACCAGUCAUUUAUUGAGGGAGUAGAUAAGAAAACAGUGGAGAACAAAUUGUAUUGGCCUUUGAGGUAUACCAGCUACUGUAGAACUGCAUCCUCUAUAGAUGUCUUAGCAGUCAGAGAAGGUAAAGUGGAAUUUCCUGGUGCUGCAGGAAGCUUCCACCCAAUAUCUGUGACUUGUAGUCAAGAAAAAAAUGAUAGCACUUUAAGGGGUUCCUUUUUAUGUCCUAACCCAUUGAAACCCAUUGCCAUCAAGUCAAUUCUGACUCAUAGCAACCCUAUAAGAAUGAUAUAAUGAUUUUAUGUCCUAAGCCCAGGAAUGGGAAGAGAGCUAGUGGGUGGUCAAGUAUUAAAACCGUAAACAUGAGGGUAGGGGAGAAAGAGUGGUAUUGGGAAGCCCAAAUGUAAUAAAUUCAUCAAAUUAGGCAGAGAGACAGUCUUAGGCUAUGAACAAGAACAAGGGCUUCCAGUGUCUGACUCAUUGGAGGGCUCCAGUUGAAUUUCAACCACUGAAGUGCAUGUUAAGGAAGGUAAUAGAUUAAGAUGACUGGAGAUAAACUUCCAGGGGCAGCUUCUAGGACACAGAAGAGGAAUUCUGGUAUUAUGAUCCCCUUCACUUAAAGGCAAACCAGGAAGCUACUUUGGCCUAAAGUUGGUCCCAUAUUUUAAGUACCACUCCAGCAGAAAAAUUGGAUUGGCCAUCAACUCAGCAAAGGAAAUUUGCUUUCCCUUCUUGUACAUUCCACCCCAGCAAAGCUAGGAGAAAGGAUACUCUCCUCUUCUAAGGGCAGUAGCCACACGCUGGAAUAGCUGUUGGGAGUCAGGAGUGGGCAAUGGUGACACACAAAAGGGAAAAAAAAAGGUCAGGUUCAAAGGCUGAGAUGAUUCCAGGUGUUUGGAUUACAUGAUGAGUAGAUGAAUCUUGCCCCCACCCCAGGAUAGGACAAACCAAGGUUAUCCAAAAGAGUAAGCAGUGGUUGGUAGCUAGAGAUAGAGUGCAGUAGAGAAAGAGAAAUGGGUAUUACGUUUUUCGCGUAACUGGUUUUGUGCUGGUCUCAGUAAACAUCAUGUUGAGGUUUCUGGAUUUUUCUUCACCCUUUUCUGCAGAGACUUGUCUGAACAAAUGAGAAACGAUGAAAGGGACCAGAUAGUGGUAAGAUUCCUUCUAACCCAGAGUUAGUAGAUAUGGAUAGAUCUUUCUGAGGUAUAAUGAUGCUUCCCUAGGACCAGGAGCCUAGAAGCUUGAACCCAUGAUCAUUCUGAUCCCUGACACUGGUAACUUCUCCCCAAGUAAACAGCACAGUUGACCCUCCCCACAGAGAUGGAGCUCUAGGUAUGCAGAAGUUCCAGUUUUCCCUUACCUUUUGUUGUUCAGGAGCCCUGGUGGAGCAGUGGAAGUUUGAAUCCACCAGCUGCUCCUUGGAAACCCUAUGGGGGCAGUUCUACUCCAUCCUAUAGGGUUGCUAUGAAUUGGGAUCGACUUGACAGCAGUGGGUUUGGUUUUGGUUUGGUUUGUUGUUCAGAUCAAUCUUGUUACCCACCGACAUGAUGCUAUCAUCAUCAUGUCUUUCUGUCCAUACAUCUUCUACCCACUUAUCUGUCGCCUUGAAAGAGCUAGUGUCUGCAAGAGAAUAUGUUUCAGAGGAUUAAAACAUUUAGUAAAGGUUUGGAAAGAAUAAUGUACCUGUCCAUCCUCUGCUGGUCUUAACCAACUUCCCUAUUGCUUCCCUCAUAGUCUCCUUUUCAAGUAAAACACAUAGCACCCACAUAUGAUGUCAUAGAUGACCAUUGCAAUAGCUGAAUCACGAAUGUAGCUAGGAAUUAGGCUGCAAAAGCGCUCCUGGCCAGCUGUGUCCCAUAGCUGCAGCCGAAUCUGCAUAAAAUAAGUGUUUAGGAAAAAGAUGAGGAAAGGUAGAAAAGAAACUAGCCUUUUACAGGUUAGAACUUAAUCAGGCAGAAUAAAAAGAGUCAAGGCGACUGCUGCUAUGGCCCCAAUCCAAGUGGCCCAGAGUCCUAGGAUGGGUCCAAUCUCAAUGAAAGACCCUAUAGAGGCAGAUUUAAGGAUUUAAGUCCUCUUAGACAUUGUCUAUAUUAUAGUUGGGGAUUAGAUGAGGGCAGAGAAAACAAGAAAUAUUGCAGGGUUUGGUGAUUUGGGGAAGCUUGAGUUUUUUUCUUCCUCUAUCUGCAGAUGAUCUGGGAUGGUGCUACCCUACUGUGAAUAGGCCUAAGGAGUUGAGAUAUAAGGUUAGUGGUAUGGGAGUUAACAGUGUUCAAUCCUCCAACUACAUGGUCUUAGACAGGAAGUUAGUUCCAAUGAUUGCCUGCAAAAAAGGAUCCAACACUUGUUCUGUACCCCUCUUCUAUCCCCAAUACCAGGCGGUCUUAGAACCAUAAGUGGAAAAGGGCCCUGAGGAGUUUGCACUGGCUCAACUUCCCAAAGCUUACAAUUGAUAACUUUGAGGAGGAGAAUCCCUCAUUAAGUCUUCCAAGGAAAAGGGGCAAAAAUGUACCCUGUGACUCCUUGAUGAUG